ACUGACUUGAACAGCGAAGAGUAGCAUAGAGUAGCAUAGAGUAGCAUAGGCUGGAGACGGGAUUCAUGCCGAUAUGGCAGCUGGGAAGGAGGUAGUGAGGUUGUGUCAGCAUAUCAUCCGUCAAUCUUUCGGAGAGGAAGUUUGUCGAGUCGCCUCGACACUCUUGAACCGUGGACGUCUGACAUCUACCACGCUCAUCGCCCUAUCUGGAUUGAGAGCUGAGGCCGUAUUGACCUCGCUGGUGAUCCUCUGUCAGCAUAACCUGGUCCUCACAAACGGAGGAUCCAGCUUGAAACCUCCGCGAGAUGAGGUUUACGAGUUCAACGUGGAGAUAUGCCUUCUGAGGUUGAGAUGGGGACGGAUAUUGAUGUAUACGUACGAGAGGUUAGGUCAAGAGGCUCUCGAGGUUGUCAAACAGAUUUUGCUUUUUGGCAAAAUGUCCCUACCGGAUAUCGUUCAUGCUUGUGGAGGUCAAGACUCGCCAAGUCCUCAUCAAGUGACGGAAGCGACAAUCAAUCUGGUCAGACAGAGCUUUAUUCAUCCCACCUCGCCGAUCUUUCAGGUCUCGAUGUCGGAUCAGAUAGAACGUAGAUUUGCUAUGAAACGCGAGGAGAAGAAAGCAGCCGGCGAAUCUGGCCUUCUCAGACCUAUCGAUGUCGAGAACAUGACGAAUCAAUGUCAGUGGGAGAUCAACGUCGAGCGGUCCAAGUUGCGAGAGAUGGAAAGGGUGCUCAUCUCAAAGGAGAAACCUGGAAAGAAGAAGAAGAGCCGAGCGGCCGAGGAAUUUGACUAUAGUCUCCGGUCAGACGUCCUACUUGAAGUCAACUACGAUCGAUACGGUGUCCUCAUGAGAGAUGAGCUCAUCGUGAAGGCGACGGAGGAUCGGUGGAAUCGUGGAGCCGCAGAGGUUGUACGAGGUGUCUUGGAGGCGACUCUGGAUCGACAUUCGGAGCUCAAAGCGAGUCGAAGCUAUACACCGGUCAAUGUGAAUCAGAUUUUGGACAAAAUUCCAGCAAAAGUACACAAAUACAUCUUUGCUGGAAUCACCUUACAGAGUCAGGGAUCAUCAAAGUCCAUCCUGGAUUAUGUGCGACAAUAUCUCAUGGUCAUUUCUGGAGAGGAUUUGCAGCCGUCAUCGGGAACAAGAUUCUUGGUCCGAGCGGAAGGCGCAGACGAAAUGUACACUGUAGAAUUGCAGGGCAUCUGCGUCAGACUAAGGGCGAAUCUCAUGAUGGAUCUGGUGCGAGAGAGACUGGGUCCUAGGCCGGCGAGGGUACUGGCGACAGUUGCCAAGGCUCAUCACAUUAGUGAACAGACUAUCCGUGAUUGCGCUAUGAUACCGCUCAAAGAGGCGCGGAUAGCUCUUGCCGAGCUUCAAAAGAUGUCACUCAUCGAAACGUCCGAAAUACCCAAAUCCCUCAACGCGAAACGGGCGAACUUGACAGCCACGUCAGAACACCAUCGAUGGGGUAUGGAUCUGCCGAGAGCAUACAAUGCCAUGCUGGCAAACGUUUACAAAACGUUGGGCAAUAUCCUUCAACGGCGAGCGAGCGAGUAUGCACGGCGAGAAGCAGCAGUAAUCAGGGAAGCUGCCGCUACUGCUAUGCACAGAGGCGGAAGGGAUGUGCUGAUGCAGAAGGACCAGGAAGAGUUGAAGGAGCUCGACGAUGUCGUGAGGAAAUUGACAUUGGCCGAAGAACGGUGCGAGAUGGUCGUCUUUAUCAUUCGGGAUCUGCCUGGGUGGCCAACUCCCAAUACCCAGGCGAUACCUGAGCCAUAGGUCCCAAGAGGUAGAGCAUACAUGCACUGGGUCGUCCACGCUACGAUUUGUGCCAAAGUUCAAUAUCAAAACCUCGCUCU